AGGGCGUCAUUUGUUCGUGUUUCUCGGCCAUUUACAGUAAUGUCGGAUGCUGAUUCCAAUGCCACCUCUGGAGGCUCAAGGAAACGGCAACCCAAUGCUUGCAAUUACUGUAGAAGGCGCAAAGUGCGAUGUAAGUCAUUCCAUACGUUGGGAGAAUCUCUACUCAACGAAAGAUCUACAGGCGACAGCGCGACUAGAGGAGGAGAGGCAUGUUCCAACUGUACAUCCAUGAAGAUUGACUGUCUCCAUACGGUACCGAGAAAGAAAAGAGGACCACCUGCUGGACGAUCCGCGCAGCUCAAAAGUGACAACAUAAAAGCCUUAACGGAAUCCAUACUAUCUUCUGUUCCUUACAAGCUACCAGAAGACAAAACUGAACUGCAGCAAAUCCUGAGAGAAUUAGCUAGUUAUAUCCGGACACUCGAGAAACAACUUGCUAUGGUUCAAAUGUCGAAUUCAGAUCUGGGUAAUGGAUCCCCCGAACCUAUACCGGUUCAUGCCGGAGAACCAUCAACGUUGGGAUUUCAGGACGAUCAUGAUGAUACCGAUGAACUUUCCGAGACAUUGAAGAAAUUACAAUUCAGCCAAUCUCCUGAACGGUAUUCUGCUUCCAAUAGACUCAUGCUCAUAAAGUCUGGUAUCGCUGCUAAUCAAGGUAAUGGAAUGGACACAAAUCAUGACGUCUUCAAGCGUCCUGUGUUUUGGACCAUUCAGCCCUUUUGUGUAUUCUAGUGGCAAUUCUUAAAGGAACCUCAACUUCCACCACUCAUAUUUCCUCCGCAAGAUCUGCUUGAUCGUCUAAUAGAUCUCUGGUUUGUGAAAUCUCAG